GGAAAAAGACUAAUUAAAGACGAGGGGACUGGAACAUGCAAUUGGAGGGAGGGAAUCCAAUUGGCAUAUAAAAGCGGGUGUCAACUACGAAUUCUAGCCUAAAUUCGCGGGCGACGAGGGAGGGACCGAGAUGAAGUCCGAGACGGUGACAUUGAUUCUGGUAAACCUCGCCGGAGUAAUGGAGAGGGCCGACGAAUCUCUGUUACCUGGUGUCUACAAAGAGGUCGGUGCCGCCUUGCACACCGGUCCUACUGGUCUCGGUUCUUUGACUCUCUUCAGAUCCAUCGUUCAGGCCUCUUGCUAUCCCUUGGCUGCUUAUUUGGCCGUGCGCCAUAACCGAGCUCAUGUCAUUGCUCUCGGCGCUUUCCUUUGGGCCGCCGCUACGUUUCUCGUUNAUUUUUUUUUUUUUUUUUUUCAUUCAGAUUGUACCCAACAGGUCGCUGUUUCAAGAGCAUUGAAUGGGAUUGGCCUUGCAUUAGUUGCACCUGCCAUCCAGUCCCUCGUCGCAGAUUCAACAGAUGACCAUAACCGUGGUUUGGCUUUUGGAUGGCUUCAAACGACUGGCAACUUAGGCUCCAUUAUUGGCGGGUUGUGUUCAAUAAUAAUAGCUCCAAUAACAAUUAUGGGAAUCCCUGGUUGGAGAAUUGCAUUUCAUCUUGUUGGACUAAUCAGUGUUGUUGUUGGCAUUCUAGUCCGUCUCUUUGCACACGAUCCACAUUUUUCAGACAACGGCAUAAAAACUGGUAAUCGUAUUCCACCCCAUAAUUCCUUUUGGUCUGGAGUGAAGGACUUGGUACAGGAAUCAAAAUCAGUUAUAAGGAUUCCAUCCUUUCAGAUCAUAGUAGCGCAGGGUGUCACAGGUUCAUUUCCCUGGUCAGCCUUGUCAUUUUUAACAAUGUGGUUGGAACUCAAGGGCUUCUCCCAUGAGAAGACUGCUUUUCUGAUGGGCAUGUUUGUGAUUGGAAACUCUCUUGGAGGCUUGUUUGGAGGUAAAAUGGGAGAUAUCCUCUCCACACGUUUCCCAGAUUCCGGGAGGAUUAUUCUGGCACAAAUCAGCUCAGCGUCAGGCAUUCCUCUAGCUGCAGUUCUUCUGCUCUUCUUGCCUGAUGGCCCAUUUACAGCAGUUCUCCAUGGACUAGUCUUGCUCAUUGUGGGGUUUUUCAUUUCUUGGAAUGCUCCAGCUACAAAUAAUCCUAUUUUUGCAGAGAUAGUUCCUGAAAAAUCUCGGACAAAUGUCUAUGCUUUAGAUCGAUCUUUGGAAUCUAUUUUGUCAUCAUUUGCUCCUCCUAUUGUUGGGAUUCUGGCUCAGCAUGUCUAUGGAUAUAAGCCCGUUAAGAGAGGAUCUAGUGAGACUGAAGAGAUUGCCACAGAUAGGGGGAAUGCAGCAUCAUUAGCCCGGGCAUUGUACACUGCAAUAGGAAUUCCAUUGGCUCUCUGUUGUUUUAUAUACUCGUUUCUGUAUUGCACCUAUCCAAGAGAUAGAGAACGAGCACGUAUGGAAGUUUUAAUUGAAUCAGAGAUGCAACAAAUAACUUCUGAAUGGCCAACUUCAGGUUCUCCAUUCUCUCAAGUUCAUUUAUCAGAGUCAGGUGAGCUACAUUCUAGAGACAGAGAAGUCAUUGAUAUGGACUAUAAAGAAGAGGAUGAUCUAGAUUUCGAUGACGACGAAAAGACAGCCCUUUAUAGCCAGUGGACAAUUUCAAAUUUUCUCAAACAAUAGCCUACCGAGGGAAUGUACUCUGUUACGUAUUUUCUGAGACCAGAAAAGCUACUCCAUUUCACGUACUGGGCUUCAAUCUUGAUGGUCGGGAAGUAUUAUAAUUUUUAUUUAUGGAAUUCUCUGAAAUUCAGAACAGAAGAUGAGUGCUCUUGCAGUUUUUACAUGCGUAUGUUCAACCAAAUUUGUACAGUGGAAUCAAACUCGUCUCCUCAUAUUGGUGUAACACAGUCGCUAUUCUUAUUUGUUUUCGUCAUUGGAAGGAAUAUAAAAUGUGUUAUAUAUUUACUAAGUUCUUGUUUAUACAACGUGAUUGGGUAAGUUCACAAUAAGCUCUUUGCCAAGCUUUUCUUGUAGGCGUGUCUGAUUCCUACUCUAACAGAAGUAAAAUUGUGCAGAUGGCAUCAGAUCGGAUACAUUCGUUCUCUGUUCUUUAUUCAUGUUCCAUAAUAUAUACUGGUUCUUUACAAAACCUGAUAAGCCACCUCUUACUCUACAAGAGGAGGGUGUGUAACUAUGGAGGGUGUGGAUUCCGCUAGGACUGUGUGGUGUGGUGGGAGUGUUGAGGAUCCUCGGGGGAGAGGAGUCCUACAUUAUCUUUAUUGGUACAAGGCCUUUUGGGUACCCAAGCCAUAUGAGUUUAUGCUCAAAGUUGACAAUAUCAUAUCAUUGUAGAGGACCGUGCUGAGUGGAAUUCUUCCCCGGAGUUAAAGUACCUCUUCCUCUCUCUUCCUAAAUUCACAUUCUCAUUUUGCCUUUUAUCCUUGCCACACCACACAAGUGAGUUUUUUUAGUUCCCAUCGAAAAUUCAAUGCUAGUUAGAAAUUUAUAUGCUGGUAUAUAUUACUCGUAUGCAAAAAUUUAUAUAAUUUUGAUGGUUUUGUAUCAAUUUGAUUUCUUAUAUAGUAAAGUAGCAUGGUAUACAACAAAAUAGGGUAGCUUAGCUAUAUAAGGUUAGGGUGGGUAGACGAAAAAAUUGGGUUAAAAAUGUAUUAGAACCCUUCUAUCCUUAUAGGGCGUAGCGAUUGAGAGGGAGGGUUGAGAAUUUUCUUUGUAAUGGGGAUUCAAGGCGACUUCUGUAAGGGGCUUUAUCAUCUCUAUUUGAGGCUUUGAGAAUGGUUUGAUUGAGCCAAUUAUUGUGUCCGUAUUGCUCGUACAGCUUGAGCUGCUUGAGUCAACAUAUUGGAAGUGACUGGAGUGGAUGUACACCAACAUAUAGUAGUCUAAGUCUAUAAACUUGACGUUUCUGUUUGUUUCAUUUGUUUUGUUCAUCAAUUUGUUGGCUUUGCUAUCUGCUGGUUUUAUUGAAUGUUCUC